UAAAACUUGUUUGGCUUUGCUAAGAAAAUAUUGAAAUUGAAAAUUGAAAUUUCCCUGCAAGUGCAUGUCUGUAACUCUGUUUAAUAUGCCUCGCUGUGCUGUUUGUAGAGGGUAACAGAAUAAACGAAAAAUGCGAAAGCUUUCGCUCGAUCGUGCACGUGCAUGCAUGCUCCGUUGCUCGGUCGCUCGGCUGUUUUGCUUGCAAGCUGGCGCUCUCCCUCGCUCUCCCUUGCUCUCACCCACUGUCUGUCUCUCACGCACGCACAGCUUCUUGAGCGAGAAUUCUUCGUUGACCGUUUCCUUCAGUACGUUGCGUUACUCAGCUGCAGACGGUUGGAGCAGCUGCCACUAACGGGAAAAUUGUUCGGCCUUCUUCGAAUCAGUAGAAACGUGCGCAUAUUUCAUUUAAUGUCUCUACCGUUUUGUUUAUAUUCACAAUAAUUGCGAUAAAACACACAAAUUAAAAGUAAAGCGCGAACGCGGCGUGCGUUUUAUGUUAAUAUACUAUAUGCUAUACAUGCAUACACACAUACAAACACAUAAAUAUGUACAUGCUAUAUACACAUACAAUGUGUGUAUCUAAAAUACGAAAUAUCUUUUGAAGCAAAACAAGUACAAUAAAAUAAGUACGUAGAGAAAACUAGUUGCUGCUCUGUAUUUUUGUAAUUGCGAAAUAUAAUUUGUUUACAUUUUAAAUUUUCUGUGCGGUUUCCAAAUAUCGACAUUUUACUCGUGCGCAAAAUACAAUGUGGCAAAAGAAUCGUCUGGUCCAGUGUUUGUGGAAAAUCUAAAUGAUAUCUGAAAUAAAUGUAUUCAAAAUGUGUGAAGCUCGAAAUUAAUGAAUUCAUUUCUUCGUGAUCUCUAAAAAGUUAUUAGAUUCGGCUUCAGUUUCUUUUUGUUUUGUUUUUGGGUUUCGUUAAAAUGGGUCCGGUCUUUAAUCUUAUACGCUGUGAUCAAUUGUUCAAUAGCUCGCGUGAUACUUAUGAUAAUCUAAAGACAGAUAUUUGCGGCAUAGAUCGUGUGAAAUAUAUUUUAACAUGCCUUUGCAUAUGCGUGCUGUUUAUUGGAUGUAUUUAUGUAUGGAAAAAAUGUGAUAGGUGCCAUAAAACUUUGCUGGCCUUUCACAAUUUGCGCGCAGCUGUUUCGCUGCUCCUGCUGGCCGUUAAUAGUCUCGAGCUGGCCAGGAGUCUGCUGCCCCAGCGCCGGACAGAGCAGCUGUAUCAGCUCUUUGACACAACGCCCAAGGAGCUGAAUGUUCUGAUUAUCAUUGGCACGGGCACCGUGCGGAAUGCCCUCGCUGCCGUCCUGUUGACAAUUAUGCUAAUGUGCUAUCAUCGUGUGCUCGAGCGCAAAAAGAUGACAGACUUUCUCUACGGCAGUAUCGCCAUAGAAAUGUUGAUUUUUCUGCUGCGCAUCGAUGAGCUCGCCGAGGUGGCCUAUUACGAGGAGCUCCUUGAGCUGGAGACCUGCCUGCUCAGCGUAACGGUGAUUUGUCUAUUGGUCUUGGCUGCACUGGAUGGAUAUACCAUUUAUAAAGAGCGUUAUCGGGACGAUUAUCUGGAGGAUUACGACUGCAUCGGCUACAAGCAUACGCUGGCCACAUUCUAUUCGAAGAUCUGCUUCUGGUGGCUUACUUCGCUGCUCUGGCUGGGCUACAAGGAACCGCUCGAACAGGAGGAUCUGGGCCAAAUGCGAUUGGAGGAUAGCGCCAGAGCGCAUUACGAUCGAUUUUUAUAUAUAUACACGGAGGAGAUGAAAAAAUCGAAUGCAUCGCCUUCGCUGUGGUAUUGCUACAUAAAGAACAGUUGGCGCAUGUUUGCGCUGGGCGGCUUUUUGAAGUUGGCCGGUGAUUUAUUUGCAUUGAUUGGUCCGCUGGCCAUACAGCAAAUAGUGCAGUAUAUUGAGGGACUCUAUGCGGCGGCACAGGAAGAAGUUCGGGCGCAGGUUCAUGCACAGGCAGCUACAGCAAAUAGAUCAAUACCAUUGGAAGGAGUUGGGGGGCCUAAUGCGGCCGCAGAUGGUGCCGAUGUUGAUUACUACGAAGAUUAUGAUGUUGCCAAUGAUGAUGGGGCCUACAAUGAUAUGGGUUUGGGCAUGGGCAUGGGUAUUGGCAUUGGUGAUGUGCGAAUUUACUAUGCCAGAUGGUCGGAUUUGCUAACAAAUGGCUGGAGCAUUGCUUGGCUGGUGUUAUUGGCCGCAUUGGCGCAGGCCGCAUUGUCGCAGGCCUCCACGCAUGUGCUCAACAUGACGGGCAUCAGGAUUAAAACAUCGCUACAGGGUCUAAUUUAUCGCAAAAGUUUGCUUCUAAAUGCCAGCAGCGGUUGUGGCAACAAUGCCGCUGAUGAUGACGACAAACCAUCGACUCCUGCUCCUGCUGCUCCUGCUCCUGCUGCUGCUGCUGCUGCUGCUCCUGCCACGGCCACUACUUCCGCAGCUGAUGUACAGCAAAAUGGCAAAAACAUUAGGUUGACUCCCAAUGAUAAGCCUGUCGAGGUGGCUGCCACACAACAACAACAACAACAAAGGCAAACGGAGCGUUCAGGCGGCCUCGGCGAUAUUGGUGCCAUCACGAAUCACAUGACGGAGGACACGCUCAACAUAAUGCAAUUCUUUUGGAUCGCUCACUAUGCCUGGGCUAUUCCAUUCAAGAUAGCCCUGGUCAUCUACCUGCUGUACCUGAAGCUGGGCAUAAGUGCGGUGAUUGGGGCCAUUGUGUGCAUUGUCAUUAUGACACCGUUGCAGUUCGUCAUCGGCCGAGCCAUGUCGAGGAAUGAGGAAAGGAUUGCGAAAUUCACGGAUGAACGAUUAAAGAAAAUCCAUGACACCUUGAUAGGCAUAAAAAUAAUCAAGCUGAAUGCCUGGGACGAGGUUUUUCUCAGAAAAAUUCAAGCUGCUCGCGAAAAGGAGCUCAAAUAUCUGAAAAAGGAUGCCAUGUACUGGACGCUAAUGACCAUUUUGACCCACAUUUGCACUGUGCUAAUCACAUUUGUUACGCUGGCUGUUUAUGUUAAUCUGCCGCUCGAAUCGCGCUCGAAUUUCGAUGCCAGCCAUCUGUUCGCUGCGCUGGCGCUGUUUCAGCAGCUGACGGUGCCGCUGCUGAUCUUUCCCAUAACGGUGCCCAUUAUCAUUGCCGCGCGGGUGUCCACACGCCGGCUGGAGCGCUUCCUGCACGCACCCGAGAUCCAGAAGCAGUUCGAGGGCAUACGCAAUAUGGCGCGCAUCCUCAGCAAGAGCGACGCCUCGCUGGACAUGUACGAGACGCAGGAGAAGUCGAAUAUGGCGCUGCGCACGGCCCAGGCGGAGAACCGGCUGAACGAGCAGCGACAGGCGCUGCGCAUUCGCAUACCCGAGACGCCGCCAUCGCCGGCACCGCUGGCUCAAUCGGAGCCCAUAACGCCGCUGCUGCUGGCGAGCAACGGUGAGGCCGUCGAGGAGAAAUCGCCGCCUCUGUUCGGCCACGAUCUGGGCCACCAGAAGCUGGUGCAGCAUCGCAAGGAACUGUUGCGCAACACGCCCUAUGUGGCCAUACGGCCGCCCAAACUGUUCGGCGGCACCGUCGAGCGGCCCAUCGAGUUUUCGGUGGUGCGUGCCCGCAACACGGACAGCUGGCGGCGCGACUCCCUGCUGCUGAAGAUGCCCGACGACAUCGCCGUGUCCAUCAACGACGGCCUCUUCACCUGGCAGCCGCAGUGCCGGCUGCCCAAUGUCCAGCUACACGUUCAGGAAAUGGCCAUACCCAAGGGCAAGCUGACCAUCAUUGUGGGCAAGACUGGCAGCGGCAAGACCUCGCUCCUGUCCGCCCUGCUCAUGGAGAUGCCACUGCUGGCGGGGAAUAUGUUCUGGCACAAAAACUGUACGAUAUCGUAUGUGCCGCAAGUUCCAUGGCUGCUUAAUGAUACAAUACGGGAGAAUAUCCUAUUUGGUGAAUCAUUUCGGCCGAAGCGUUACGAUUUUGUGCUGGAUGCGUGCGCACUAAAACCGGAUAUUGAACUAAUGCCAACCGGUGAUUUUACGAUAAUCGGCGAACGGGGCAUCAAUCUAUCCGGCGGACAGAGGCAACGCGUCGCUGUCGCGCGUGCAAUUUAUUCAUCGGCCAACGUCGUCAUAAUGGAUGAUCCGCUGUCAUCGCUGGACAAUGAAGUGGGCAGCCAUGUCUUCGAGCAGUGUGUGCGUCAGAUGCUUUUGAAGUCGAAUCGCACCAUCAUCCUGGUGACACAGCAAUUACAGUUGAUCAAGGAGGCGGAUUAUUUAAUUGUGAUGAAGGAUGGCCGACUGCAAGCUUGCGGCACUUAUAAGGACAUUGAGCUAAAGCAGCCGCAAAUAAUCGCCAAAUGGAACUCGAUAAUUGCUAAGGCAAACGAAAAUGCAAAGGACCAGCAACAAAAUGCCACGGAGCGCACAGCUCGGGAGCGCUGGAAGCUAUUCAAGAAUGUCAGCAAAUUGGGUUUGCAGCGCUCAAUAUCGAUUAAUUCGGAAACGGGAGGCGGCAAUAACUCGGAACUGGAUUCCAAUUGCUUGGAUGGCAGCGUAUCAAUGUCAUUUAACAAUAUGCUCAAUGAUGCCGUCGCAGAGGACGACGAGGACGAUGAUCUGCCCGCGUCCCUCUCCCUGGCCAGCGGCAUCAGCUGUGGCUUGCAGUCGGCCGGCAGCUUCCCUCUGCAGCGCAAGCGUGCGAGCGUCUAUGGCUCUCGGCACUUGAUCUACGAUGUGCCGCUGCCCAUAGACGAGUGCCAGGCGGAUGAUGUCAUAAUGCGACCACGUCGGCGCUCCACGCUGCAGCGCCGUGGCAGCAGCGCACGCUCGAGGAACUCGUGGCACCGACUCAGUGGCCUCAGCUCGGCGACGGUCACGUCCACCUCGAGCACGAACAGUGGAGAUCUGCUGCGUCGCAGUCUGAUGACGGCCAGCUGCAGCAGCUAUGCGGAGAGCAGUCUCGAUGGGGGCGACUCGAUUGCAGAUGGAGUCACGACCUCGCCACUCGUAGCAGAGCUUUCUCCACGCGCCCAAUCCUGGCAGCCAGCACAGCAAACGCAUCAUGCGCCGGUGACGCGAAAUGUCUCCUCGCCGCCGGCCAUGGAGGCGCCACCUACGUUGCCUGGUACGGAGGUGGCGGUGUCACCGAGUCGCGGCAGUUUUCAACAGUUCCUGCGACGCAUGUCCAUGCGGCGCUCCAAUAAGCCAAAGCAUCAUCAUCGCCCGCUGAGCGCGGCCAACUCGAUUAGGAGCAUCUCGGAAGAGUCCAGUGCGGCAGCUCUCUUGCCAACAGUUGAGUUAAGUUCAGUGCCUUCAACGCCUGUCGCUGACAAUUCCAAUCCGCAGCCAACAACAAAUUUAGAAGCAACUCUCGACGACUUGGAAUUCAGGAGAGAGAUGCACGAAUUGUCUGCUGCGCUUCCUCCUUCACCUCCUGCUGCUGUCAUAGCAGAGACACCACCAGUGAAGCAUGUUAAAAUCGACUUCAAUGCAUUGCCAACAAAUGGCCGCAACAACAACAAUAACAAUGAUGACAACGAGGCAGGCAAUGAGGAUGAUGGCGAUGACGCUGACGUGCCAGACGUGACGUCACUGUCAAUGCAGCUGAAGAGCAAAGAGCGUCAAAGGGAACGGACACGGGCAGAGGUCCGGGCUGCACAUGCAGCAGGUGCAGGUGCGGUUGCAGAGACAGCAACAGCAGCGACAGCGCCAGAUGUGGAGCGCAAAUAUGGCCAAAUAUCGAAUCAUAUAUAUCUGCUCUAUAUGCGCGCCUCUGGCCUGCCCAUAAUCAUUGUCUUUUUUAUCACCGCACUAAUUUGGCAAUGUUUGCGUGUCUACACGGACGUUUGGCUGCAGCAUUGGAGCGACCAUGUCGAUGGUGGCAGUAGCGACACGGACACGGAUGCGGCCAGCCACGAAGUCACGUACUAUUUUCGCAUGUAUGCAACAAUUUCGUGUGUUUGCAUUAUAAUGGCCAUGAUAUCAACACCGGCCGGACAAUGGGCCGGCUGCAAAGCCAGCCGUAAUUUGCACGAUAAACUGUUGCUAACGAUUUUGCAUAAAACUUUGCAUUUUUUCCAAGUGACGCCGCUCGGACGCAUUCUGAAUCGUUUCAGCACCGAUAUGGCGAUCAUUGAUAAGAAAAUCGCUGCAACCUGUCAACGCCUGCUGCAGUUCAGCCUGCUCUGCCUCUGUGCGAUACUCAUAAAUGUGAGCAUUACGCCCUGGUUUCUGGCCCUCACUCUGCCCAUUUGUGGGGCCUACUAUGUCAUUCAGAAGUUCUACAGGUGCUCGGCACGUGAGCUGCAGCGCAUCGAGAACUCGAGCAGCUCGCCGGUCAUCUCGCAUCUGGCGGAGACGAUUCAGGGUGUGACCACGAUACGUGCAUACAAUCAGCAGGCACGUUUCACGGAGAUCCUGUUCAAGCGACUCGAGGCGAACACGAUUGCGUUUACCAUAUUGAAUACGAGCAACCGCUGGCUGGGCAUAUCAUUGGAUUACCUGGGUGGCUGCAUUGUUUUUGUGGCCAUCGUAACGGCACUGGCAACGGCAAGCGUCAGUUGCAGCCGCUAUGUGAGGGAGGCUGAGGCGGAGCUGGCAAGUGGCAGGACGCCGGAGAUGGCAGGAACUUAUGCCAUCAAUAAAGGCGCCAGCUCCAAGGAGUUGACGCCGACGCCCUCGCUGGUCGGCCUGGCCAUAAACUACACGUUGUUGGUGCCGAUUUACCUUAAUUGGGUUGUAAAACUUUUGGCCGAUAUGGAGAUGUAUGCGGGCUCGGUCGAACGCAUUGCGCACUAUGCACAGCAGACGCAGCAGGAGGAGCAGGAGCAGCAGGAGCAAGAGCAGCAGGAGCAAGAGCAGCACGAGCAGCAGCAGCAGCAGCAGCAGGAUACGGAAAUAAGCAAUGAAGUCGAUAGGUCGCACUGCACGACUAACGUUGACAAAGUUUACCCAGGCGCAACGUCAGCUGGCGUUGAUGUUGCCGGCGACUCAGCUCGAGCUGCUGAUAAAUUAAAUGCAGGCAAUGCAGCAGCAGCAGGAGAAGCAGGAGGAGCAGCAGCAGCAGCAGCAGCAGGAGGAGCCGGCAAUGGCAAUCACUUAAGCUUCUACACGGCGCCAGUUGUUGACAAGCGGCAACUGGCGACGACAGCGGCAAGGACGUCAAUGAUUAAGGAUAAGGCACUGACAGCACUUGGCGACAAGGUCGCGUUAUCUAAUGAGCCAUCGAGGCGUAUCAAAACUUACCAAAGCGUUCCGAUUUCCUGGCCACAGCGAGGUUACAUCAGCUUCGAGGAUGUGAGCCUACGUUAUGAAGGACAAAGGCAGAACGUUAUCAGCCACCUCAACUUAAAGAUACCAGCAGGCCAAAGGAUUGGCAUCUGUGGCCGCACGGGCAGUGGCAAAUCCUCGCUGGCUCUGUCCCUGUUUGGCGUGCUGGAGACGACAAAUGGCCACAUUCGCAUCGAUAAUGUGGACAUCCAGCAAAUCCGGCCCGACGAGCUGCGAACGAGAUUGUCGAUAAUACCACAGGAUGUGCAUUUGUUUAAUGCAACAAUACGUGAAAAUCUCGAUCCGCGCUGCUAUUAUUCCGAUUUGCAAUUGUGGAAUUGUCUCGAAUUGGCGCAGCUCAAGGAGUUUGUCAACGUGCAGCUGCCGCAGGGCUUGGACACGGAAAUCUCUGAUGGCGGCAUCAGCUUCAGCGCCGGCCAUCGGCAAUUGCUCUGCCUGGCACGUGCCAUACUGCGUGGCUCCGCCUGCCUGGUGCUGGAUGAAGCAACAAGUACAUUGGACAGCAGCACGGAGCGGGCGCUGCUCAAGGCGGCCGACAAGGCCUUCCAGGGUCGAACAAUUAUAACCAUUGCCCAUCGCCUGAGCACCAUUCUGGAUUAUGAGCGCAUUAUAGUGCUGCAGGAGGGACGCAUCGUUGAGGACGGCAACCCGAGGCAGUUGCAGCAGCAACCCAACUCCAUUUUUUACGGCCUGCUGCAGAAGGGCGAGCAGCUGAAUGCCUAGAUCUAGCGAAGAUCUCCUCGGCUGAAUUUACGGAUUUCUGUUCCAUUUUUAUUGGGUCUGAUACUGAAUGCGUUUAUUGUGCUAGUUAAGUACUUAAAUUACUUACAUUUUAAAUCAAAAAUCAAUUGAAUAUUGAAUAUUGUGUGUCAAAUGUGAUUCAUCAUGUAUAUCCAUAUAUAUAUAUAUAUAUAUAUAUAUAUUUUAACUUUUGUAUAUUUUA